GGGACUGCAACCUCCAAACAUCUCCAUGGGGUAGUCAAACAAAGCUGGUGACUUUCUGGGAUGCUUUGUCACUGUAAACAUGCUUAACUGCAUCAGGAGGCAAAGAGAAAACCUGCACUACUGAUAUCCUGAGGACAUGUGGCAGUGAAGCGGUGAGCAGCAGACCAUGGGUGACUGGAACCUGCUGGGCAGCAUCCUAGAAGAGGUCCACAUUCAUUCCACCAUUGUGGGCAAAAUCUGGCUUACCAUACUCUUCAUCUUCCGCAUGCUGAUCCUGGGAGCGGCUGCCGAGGAUGUAUGGGAGGACGAGCAGGCAGAGUUCGUCUGCAACACUGACCAGCCGGGCUGCAAGGCAGUCUGCUAUGACCGUGCCUUCCCUAUCUCCCUUAUUCGCUUCUGGGUCUUGCAGAUCAUCUUUGUAUCUGCACCCUCACUGGUCUACAUGGGCCAUGCCCUCUACCGCAUCCGAACCCUCGAGAAGGAGCGCCACAGGAGACGGGCCCAUCUGAAAGAGGAACUGGGCGAGGCCGAGGUUACGCUGGAUGACCAUAAGCGCAUAGAGAGAGAGCUGAAGAGGCUGGAUGAGCAGAAGAAGGUGAAAAAGGCUCCACUGAGAGGCUCUCUACUGAGAACCUACAUCAUUCAUAUCCUCAUACGCUCAGUGGUGGAGGUAUGCUUCAUCCUGGGCCAGUAUAUCCUCUAUGGCAUCCGACUGGAGCCACUCUUUAAAUGUGAGAGGCUACCUUGUCCCAAUAGUGUUGACUGUUACAUCUCCAGGCCCACAGAGAAGACCAUCUUCAUGGUCUUCAUGAUUGUCAUUGCUGGUGUCUCACUUUUCCUCAACAUUCUGGAAAUAUCCCACCUGGGCAUCAGGAAAAUCAAACAGACAAUAUAUGGGGAAAAGUAUAUAGAUGAUGACAGUUUGAUUUAUAAGCCCAAGAGGAGGCCAUCCUUACAACAUCUUUGUGUGAUGAGCAAUGUGUCACCUCACAAUGGGCCAUUGACUCAAACCAUCUUCAAGAUUAUUCCAGAGGCAGAAAUGAAACCUCCUCAACACAAUGUUGGGCUCAAAGCCAGCCAGGAGGUGCCAAGGCACAACAGCUUGGCUUAUCAAAAUCAGACUGACUGCAUGUACCCCCAACCUAGGAUGCCCCCACAGCCAUCCAGGAAUGGCCAGAGCUGUGCCACUGAAGUCCCCCAAACCCAUGAAGAUUCACUCACCCACACAACAGUGACAGACCAUCACCAUCCAGCCUGGGGCUCAGCUCUGUCCAAUGUGGAAGAAGGUGCAAUGAGCCAGGCUCAUUAUGAGGAUGGCCAUCAAGGAGAACACACUCAGCCUUGCCAUAUGGAAGCCCUGGUGCCAAGUAGCAUAAUGAGGCCUAGCAUUGUCCGGGACCUGGAGGAGGAGGAGCGAAGGGACUCAAUGGGGAGUGAAUUCCUGUUUUCCAAUCCCAGAAAGACCAGCUUCAUGAUCAGGCCACCAUCUGAGACCAUGUCCAUCAUCAGUGGCUCUACAAGCCAAUCCGUACACACCUCAGAAGAGUCCGAUGAGCUGGGCUCACUGCAGGGAGACAUGCCGAUGAUGCCACCUGCUGGGGGUCGAAGAAUGUCAAUGAGUAUGUUCCUGGAUAUAUCUUCUAUCAUGAAAAAGUGAAGAGGCUAACAUCAUGGCCAAGUGCUCUCUACGGCCAAGCUGGGUUUGAAACAGAGGAGAAACUGUAUCAUUGAUCCAGCCGCAAACAUUGAUCCACUGGCCAAGUCACUUGGGGCCAAAACCAGCCACGAAGAGAGACUUACUGCCAGACCCCGACAUGUUUUGGAUUCCAAGCACCUUAAAACGCCCAUGACGUUACAAAAAAAAGUUGAAUUGAAAAGAAAUAAACAAAAUAAUAAAGGGAACCACUGAGAUUUUAUGUGGGUACAACUGAUCCCUUAUUGAAAACGUGGACAUUUUUCUGUGUGUACACUGAAUGUGAAAGAUUGAGCAGAAUCAAGAAUCAAGCAUGGAUUGUGAAGUGAAAUCCUUAAAGGAUCUUUACGCUUCAAUAACAUGGACUUUGGUAACCUUAAAAAUAUGAAACGUUUUUCUAAGUCAAAGACUUGUAUAGUAACUGUGUAUUUGUAGUAAUUUAUAUGCAGAGUCAU